AUGAGGUCACUAAGCUACUCUCUUGUUAAUGAAGAAGAGGACUGCUGGACGGAGAAAGAAGCUCUGGUGAAAGAGGAGGAGGAUAUCACAGUAAAACAAGAAGUAGAGGUUGAGGCUGUUACUGUGAAAAAAGAAGAGAAAUACGUUACAGUGAAAGAAGAGGAAGUUGCGUUCAGAGUAAAAGAGGAGGAGGAUGUUACAGUGAAAGAGGAGGAUGCAGCUUUUGGGGUGAAAGAGGAGGAGGGGGAGAUGACUGUCACAUCGAAAAAGGAGGAGGAGGAAACUGAAUAUCUGGGCUCGGUUUCCCAAACGCAUCUUAAGGCAUCCAAUGGUUCUAACGAUGAACGGGCCCUGAUUAACACUAGAGAGAGACGGGACUACCGUGGGUCCUCUGGGGAGCCUCAACAACCUCAUGAUGCUGACAAGGCAGAGAAGAGUUUCUCCAGAUCAGAACACCUCAAGAAACACCCGCAGAGAUCCACAAGGAAGAAAUCUCACUGCUGCUCUGACUGGGAAGAGAUUCACCUCAUCAGGAAUUAAAAUUCAUCAGGGAAGAGUUUUACUCAUUCAACCAGCCUGAUAUCACACCAGAGAACACACACAGGAGAGAAACCGUAUAGCUGUGAUCAAUGUGGGAAGAGUUCUGUUGCAUCUGGCCUUCUGAAGAUACACCAGAGAACACACACAGGAGAGAAAUCGUAUAGCUGUGAUCAAUGUGGGAAGAGUUUUGUUACAUCUGGCCAUCUGAAGAUACACCAGAGAACACACACAGGAGAGAAAUCUUAUAGCUGUGAUCAAUGUGGAAAGAGUUUUGGCCGAUCUGGCAAUCUGACAUCACACCAGAGAAUACACACAGGAGAGAAACCUUAUAUCUGUGCUCAAUGUGGGAGGAGUUUUGGUCAAUCUGGCCAGCUGACUACACCAGAGAAUACACACAGGAGAGAAACCUUAUAGCUGUGAUCAAUGUGGGAAGAGUUUUGGUCAAUCUGGCCAGCUGACAUCACACCAGAUAAUACACACAGGAGAGAAAUCUUAUAGCUGUGGUCAAUGUGGAAAGAGUUUUGGUCGAUCUGGCCAGCUGACAUCACACCAGAGAACACACACAGGAGAUAAACCUUAUACCUGUGGUCAAUGUGGGAAGAGUUUUACUACAUCUAGCUCUCUGACUGUACACCAGAGAAUACACACAGGAGAGAAACCUCAUAGCUGUGAUCAAUGUGGGAAGAGGUACACUGAUAAAAGAUCUCUGAUUAAACAUCAGAAAAUACAUGGAGUUGUUUCAUGAUAUCAAUGAAAUAAUGUCACAAUGUAGAAUGUUUUAACAUUGUAGUAGGAGUAUUUUAAUAUUAUCACAAUGUAGAAUGUUUUAACAUUGUAGUAGGAGUAUUUUAAUGAUGUCACAAUGUAGAAUGUUUUAAUAUUGUAGUAGGAGUAUUUAAAUGAUGUCACAAUGUAGAAGCCUAAAUGUUUGUCCCCUGUUCUAUUGAUUUCAACAUGAUAUGGAUAUUAGCCUCAGGGGGAAAAAAUCCAGGCUAUGAAUUGAAAGAGUACUAUUUAUGUGAUUUAACAAAAAGUGACUAACACAAAAAGAGCUGCGAUCUAUUUUCUACAAAUUGUCCUCUAAUCAGGGAUGUACACAUUAUUCCCAUAUUCUGUGUGGUUUUUGAGCUGUUAGUUUUAACAGGACGCGUAACCUCAUCUCCCUUCUGUCACACAAUUAAUUUUGACAUGAUAUCGAUGAGUGAUGACAAAUAAGGGUUGUGUUCGUUUGUUUAGCGACCCCCUACAUUUAAAUUCAUCACUCCAAAAUGUAGCUGACUGUCUCCUGCGGGUUGUCAUCUAACCAGUGAGGUUAAAGAUAUUUCCCAUUUCCAUGUGUUUGUUUAGUUGUGUUAGUUUCAACAGCACCUACAACCUGAUUUCCCCCCUAAUCGAUAUCCGUGAUUUAUUGCUACUUGUCAAAACAACAGUGUUUUUGGUGCUUGUGCAGUUUAUAAGGUGCUUGUUUUAAAAAAUAUUAUUAUUGUGGCAGAUGUUUGUGUAUAUACCACAUGUUAGGUUUUCAAUUGAUCCCAAACUGUUUCUGCAUAUUGGUUAUUGAUUUGAACAUGUUAAAACUGUGUUUUGACAUUGGGCUAUCCCACCUAGCAACUGUGCAAUCAAAUAUUUCAUAUUUACAUUUCAUGUAACAUUUGGUAAUGAUAAUUAUUUAUGCAACCAACUGAUAAUUAUAUUGACAUUGUUGCCCUGCUUUUAGAAUAUCAGGGUUAAUUCUCAGAUGUGCCAACCCAAAUGUACUAGAGCAUGACAUUGGGGACUGGGACCCGAUCCAACAACAUGCCUAUUUAGUGAACUCUGAAAAGAGAGAGAAGCUCCGCAGUGAGGUGGAAAGUUACUACGGAUAUUGCAGGAGUUUCCUCUUGAAAUCAGACAUGUCUGUGGUGAGAACAACCUGGUUGCUGAUUGUCUCAAGGGGGGCAGUCAAAAUGUUUUGUGUUUUGCAUUUAGCCAGUGCAUUGCCAUGGAUCACAGUUUAUUUUUACUGCACGUUUUUCCGUAUUGGAGAUGAGUUUUGUUUGGGCUCGUUCCAAGGGGACGGGAGUUCUAGAAGCGAGUGAGUUUUAGGAAGACGAGAGUUCUAGAAGCUAUAGAAAGAAAAAUCUUUGUGGGAAUAAUAAAAAAUAAAUAUUGUUUGUAAUUGUUGUUUGCCAGUAGACAGACACCAUGUUUAUAUUGGUGAAGGUGAAGCAUUGUAGUUGAUUAUAAUGUGAAAUGGAAGUUGUUUUCUGUUGUUGGUGAGCAAACUCUUAAGGUGUUAGUUAGUCUUUGGUUUUUCCAUUUAUGUUUUGAGGUUGGACUUUAGCACGUCUUGCUCGUCAGCACGUAGAACGCACUGAUUGGUGUCACCUCGUUGGUCAGUAUGUGUUACACCUGUGCUGGCUUGUCCAUCUCGUUAGUGGGAAGGUGUUUCACCUGAGCUGGUCCAGGUUCUAUUUAAGAGUGUCUGGCCCAGUGCUCCAGUUGUCUUGAUAGAUGUGGAGAGUCAACACCUGUAGUUGCUCCACCUUUUUGGUUUGUUUCCUGUCUUUAAGUUAGUUGUGGUUUUUUCUUUUGUUUGCCUCUUCUUGGGCAGAUUUAGUGGGUCUCAUGGUGAGUGUCUUUUAGGUCCCAGUUGUUGUUACUAGUCAACUUCUAGUGGACACCCCCAUAGUGUCUUUCAGAACCCCUCUUAAAACCUGUUUAGUUGUUGUCAGUGACUCUGUUAGUUCUAAAAAACAAGCUUAUAUUUUGGGUUGGGUUGGAUAUAACAUCAUAUUCUUAAUAUUUUAAUCAAUGGCAUUUCCUUUCUUUCUUGCUCAUUAGCCUUUCAGUUGUUUUUCUGUUUUUUAUCCUCUUAUGUUUGUUGUGUAACCGAUGUGAAAUGGCUGGCUAGUUAGCAGUGGUGCGCGCUAAUAGCAUUUCAAUUGGUGACGUCACUCGCUUUGAGACCUUGAAGUAGUGGUUCCCCUUGCUCUGCAAGGGCCGCAGCUUUUGUGGAGCAAUGGAUAACGAUGCUUCAUGAGUGACUGUUGUGUGCAGAGGGUCCCUGGUUCGCGCCCGGCGCGAGGGGACGGACUAAAGUUAUACUGUUACAUGUACUAAAUAUAUCUGUUUAAUUUUUUCUGUUUAAUUUUCAUAGUUUUUUCCUGUGAAACCAUUGUGUUGCAUCCAUGUCUGACAUGUGCUAUAUAAAUAAAGCUUGAUUUGAUUUGAAAACAUUGCAAAACAACUUAACCCAAUGACUGACCAAUCAACAGACUCUUGGUCCAUCUUUGUAUGAAAAACAGUAUCAAAUGAUUCAACUACUGAGAACUGAAACAAACAAAUGGAUCAAACAGAUCAAUCCCACUUUUCCAGCCUGCUGAAGGCCUGGUGCAGUGGUAAACACCACCCCCAGCUCUACCAGGGGCUUAAGGU